AUGCUUGUUCCACCAGACAACUUCGGUUUAGUUGAGCCAGGAGUCUAUCGAUGUUCCAAGCUCGAGGCGGGCCAUUUUCCCUUUCUAGAGACUCUCCAGCUUAAAACGUUGGUUCUCCUCGAUGCAGCCAAACCUCCACGCACACUUAAGUCGUUUCUUGAUGCUAACCAUGUGGAAAUCUUUAACUUAGGAGCCAUGAAGAUCUCCAAUCAUCAAAACACAGGCAGUUUGUCGUCCAAGAAUUCUCUUUCCGAGCAAUCUGACGGACUGGGGACCACGACACCCCAUAACAAUGACGAAAUCGAAAUCGUGGUGUUAGACACCAAAAAGAAGAACGAUCUGUGGAUGGUAAUUGAGAAGAACUUGAUAGUAGCAGCGUUCGAGAUUCUCUUCGACAAGUCCAAGCAUAAUCUUCUAUUGGUGGACCUGUCGCUGACGCUAGUGGGCAUUCUACGCAAGAUCCAGAAAUGGAACUUCAACUCGAUAGUCAACGAGUACAGAAUAUUCACAGGUAACGCUAGCAAGAACAAUUACAACAUGGAGGUGUUUCUUGAGCUUGUAGAGCCGGAGUUGAUUCCAUCUGAGCUCGAUCUGGCCAUUAAAAGAAGGGGAGAUGAUGUUAUCCUGGAUAGUCUUUUAAUCAAAUCCAGCCGUCCGCUGGUCCAGAGCCGGACGUCACUUGAUGAUGGACCAUUAACGUGUGAUGAGGAUGAUACACUUUCGUUUGAUGACUAUGAAGAAGAUAUGGAUGACGACAUGUUGUCUGCAUCGCCGCAGAUUCCCGCCAACUUGUUAAAGUUAGUCGAACAGAGAAAAAUCGACGAGAAGCACUCGCCAGGAACGUCGCCAGACUAUCGUCGAGGAAGUUUUGGCAUGAGCCGUAAUGGCAGCUUGGAAGCGUUCAAUACUAUGCAGCGGCGGAAAUCUUCGGUGGACUCUCGAUAUAUUCAAAAGAACAACACUCGGUUCCGGAACCCGAGCUUCUCGCUGCCGGUAUCGCCGCAGCACCGUGGCCUGUUUGAGACAAGCUUACGCACCUACCGGUUUGACAAGGAGAGGUUGGCCCUGGAAGAGCUUCAUAAGUUGAAAGAGAAGUACAGCUACAAGUACUACAAGCCUAGUACACACAGUCUCCAUGUUCCAGGGUUGGACAUCAUUCGGCUCCGACUUCCGCCUGAACACCUUCUUCCAGACUGGUUUAUCAAAGGAAGAGAUUUUUGGGAGCAGCGUACGGCUGAUGUUAGUUAUAGAUAA